AUGGCGGAGUUUGUUGACUUGAAAAUUUCAGACGGAAGUCCUAGUUGUGAUCUUGAAUUUAGAAGCGCAAUUUACGAACAAAUUGACCAAAUAAUAGGUCAAAAUACUACCUUGUCAGACUCUCAGAGGGAACGAUGUAAAUCAAGAUUUAGAAAGGUAUAUGAAUGUCUACAAUCACAAAAAAAUGAAUAUGAAGCAGAAGAUAAUGCUGUAAAAGAGGUUGCUUCAAUGAGAAAGAAAUAUCCAGUAGCUAUCAAAAAAGCCUAUACAGCAAUUGUUAAUCAAGAAACCCUUGCUUUGAGUACAUGUACUAUCAAGCCAGAGCCUACCAACCACUGUGAAGAAACAGUAGUCAAUACAGAUGAAGAUGUUGUAAAUGAAUUCAAAGACAUGAAAAAUGUACUUGUCUCCCUUACUGAGAGUACAUCUAAUUUAACUAUGAAAGCAGAACGUUUAAAAGAGGCCAUGGAUAUAGAAAAUGGAAAUAAAGUACAACAAAAGACUCAUAUAAGUGAUUGUAGUAGUCCACUUCGAAAACGACAUAAGACUCUUAACGAAACAAAUCAUAUACAGAGUAGUUGAAGGAAGGAGUGUUUUUACAUAAUAUUGGUUUAAGGAACAACAUUUCUUAGGAUUUUUAAUAACCCUUCAGCAAUGAAAAUGAAAAAAACUUAUGUAUCACAGUAUGCAAAAAUGUUGUUACUUGCAAUAGAACAGUGGUGUGAUGUAAGAUGAUUUAUAUCGAAAUGAAUAAAUUCAUACAUUUGUAUUUAUGUACUAAAGAAGAGUAUAUUUUUUUUUGAAAAAUUUCAGAUUUUAAUGUUUUAUAUUUUAGUUCUAGAAAAGCUCAUUUGUUAUUAUGUUAUGAUUUUUUUUUAGCUUAUAUAAUGCAAUUCAGUUUUAAAAUAAUAUACUCCUCAUGACAGAUAUUAACCUAUUAAAGAUAAAUGUAGU